AUGUUAGAUUCAUUUGACUUUAUUAAGACCCCUGAGCAGGGACCAAUUCCUCCAGCAUCGGAUGAAUGUGGUAUUAUGACUACCGACUCGCCAGCGAUCCAUAAUGCUCCAUUACCAGCCGACGGACCAGGAUCCAAGCAAUUCAACAAUUAUGCCAUGGUAGGACUUAUUGUGUUGAUUCCAUACUUUGUGGCUAGAAAAUUAGGUGGUGGAUUCAAGACGUGGUUAUUUUUCACCUUGAUUUCAUGUUUGCCAAUCAUGAUGGCCUACUGGACUAUCAUGUCGAGUUAUUCACCAAGACUCAACGAAAAGGUCAAAUAUCCUAACAGACCAAUUUCCGACUACUUGGAGUACCAUACCGAAGAAUUGAAGGCCAAAUACAUCGAUUCCAACGGUGGUAAGGGUACCAAAAUUCCAAUUGAGACUUUCCAAGAAUUGUACUUCAACGGAAAGGUUAGCUUUAAGGGAGACUGUUUGGAUGUAUUAGAAUACAAGCAUGACUGGGCUUCAUUCCGUUUCACUUUGUCGUUGUUUAGAUUUUUCUUACUUGGUAUGAUUCCGGAAGUGAUUAUGCACUCGAAGUCGCAAGACGAAGAGCAAGUCAGAGAUCACUACGACAGGGGUGACGACUUCUACACCUGGUUCUUGGGCCCAAGAAUGAUCUAUACUUCGGGAAUUAUUGGUGAUAUUGAACGUGAAGAAACAUUAGAAGAAAUGCAAGACAACAAGUUGCAUAUUGUUGGUGAUAAGAUGCAAGUUAAGGAAGGAGACCACAUCUUAGAUCUUGGUUGUGGAUGGGGUACAUGGACCGCCUUUGCAUCUUACAAGUACGGUGCCAAUGUUACUGGUGUCACCUUAGGUAAGAACCAAACCAAAUGGGGUACUGAAUUAUUAUCGAACUACGGAGUCAACGACUCUCAAUCUAGAAUUGCCUGUGUCGACUACCGUGACUCUCCUAAGUCGCAAAAGCCUAACGGUAAGUACGAUAAGAUUACUUGUCUUGAAAUGGCUGAACACGUUGGUAUUAGAAGAUUUUCUUCUUUCUUGGAACAAGUGCAUGAAUCUUUAGAAGACGACGGGUUAUUCUUCUUACAAUAUGCCGGUUUACGUAAGUCCUGGCAAUACGAAGAUUUAAACUGGGGAUUAUUCAUGAACAAGUACAUUUUCCCUGGUGCCGAUGCGCUGACUCCAUUGACUUUUGUUGUUUCAGCUUUGGAAACGGUUGGUUUCGAAGUCGUCUCGUUGGACAACAUCGGUGUCCACUACUCUGGUACCUUGUGGAGAUGGUACCGUAACUGGAUUGGAAACAAGGAAAAGGUUGUUAACAAGUACGGUAUCAGAUGGUACAGAAUCUGGGAAUUCUUCUUAGCCACCUCCACCAUUGUCUCCAGACAAGGUUCUGCUACCUGCUACCAGAUUGUAUUGAGAAAGAACUUGAACUCGUACCACAGAGUCAACUACAUUCCAGCCCAAAAGGGAUUAUCUGGCCCAUUAGCCAACGGUAACAAGUGGGCUAAAUAG